GUCAGCCGAAUAAGCUAUUCUCAGAUCGAGGCCCGUGGCGGGAAACCACUGUACGCGUCAUCCAAAUUUGUUUAUAAAAGAUAACUAGCGUGAUGGAUUUCAAUGUUUCAAUGCGAUCUUUUAGGAAAUAAAGUUUUCACUGGCUAUUCGUUUAUAUUUUUCGAAGUUAAGUAUUUUGUACAGAUGCAUCUUGUUUGAUAAAUUUUGUUUCAAGAACUCUAUGGGAAAUUUUCUCAUUUACUUGAAGAGGACCGAUUCAAAUAGUUUUUCAAAAUCAAAGAUGAAAAACGCAGAUGUUGAUAAAAAGGAGCACAUCUUAACGUUCGGAAAAUAUGGAAAGAGAGCCAUCUGCCAAAAAUUUAAUCAUCCUUCACCUAGAAGCCUAGGAAAAGGGAUGAUCAGGUCAAAAAAAUUGCGUACAAGUGAAGAUCAAAUUAUUAGCGAAAACCUGAACAUGGAUGAAACAGAGCAUUUUCCCAAAGCUUCAAAGAAAGAACGAUAUUUAUUGUGCUACUUCAAGCUUUUUGAUGAUGAAAUCAUCCAAGACUUCAUGUGGAACGACGGAUGUGCUAAACUGCUAGAUAAGUAUCUCAUUGCAAUGGUCUAUGUUUAUCUAAGACGUGCGAAGUUGUCCACAAAACAGUACAAUUGUAUCAACUUCUUUGCUGCAUUGCUUCUAGCACAUGAUAUGGAAGAGGAUGACGAAGAGAUCAAGCAAGAAAUUUUCCCAUGGGUUUUUGCCUCGAAGUGGAAAAUCGGCCAGCUGUCGUUAGUCAAAAGAAAAGACAGUUUGCUGAAGAGGAUGAAUUUUCGGUCUCUUGUUAGCCACCAGACAUGUUUAGAGGUCUUUGGUCUAUGCCCGGAGCAUCCAUUAUGGCAGCGUGAAAGGCAACCGCAUCACGGAGGAGCUAUCCGAAUUUACCCACCAGAUGACGAACUGCCAUACAACCCAAGGGGCCCGGAAAGGUCACCAGUAUUUUGUCAUCAAUGCUCACAACGUUCUUUUGCUGAAGCAUCAAAGAAAUCAACUGAAAACAAAGCGUCAGGCAGGGUUUGCCUGUUGCUAGAAGAGUAAGUUGCACGGCAAAAGUCAGAGCUGCUACGUUCAAAUUAUGCACGUAUCCAAAGAUGUAGUGAAAGAGAAGGUCCUUUGAAAAGGGCAUCAAAGAAUCUGCCAAGAAGGAAUUACGUAUUGUUUUAUCAACUGUGGUAAAGAGUGUAAGAUGUUUCCAAAAACUAUGCAAAUUAGCUGCAGAAAUUUUUGCUUUGCCAUUUGCUCGAGAUUUAAGAAAUGAAGUCUAGAUCUUCAGUUUAAAACUAGAAUCCUAUCAUUUUCUUCAAAUUAUUGAUAAAUUUAUUGAAGCACUUUGCCUGUUUAGCGUGUUAUAGAUAUUGUCUAAUGUUUAGUUAGCACAAAAAAUUGAUAAUCUUUAAGCAAGUGUCCAACAAUUUGCAGCUGAUUGUAGGCACGUUAGUUGUGUUACGAAAAGCUCUUUUGUGUCAAGUUUACCAUUUAAUUUUGUUUCAAAAUUGUGUCACACAUCAUGCUACGGUUAAUCUAAAAAUACCCAAUGCAAGUUUACUUGCCUUAAAAUAUUCCAGAUGACAAUGAUCCUAGGACUUCUGGUAUAAAAGUGUCACAUAGAAGCAUUUAAAUUUUAGUAAAAUGACACAUUUUUACCAGAUGUAUUUUAAGAAUUGCGUUGCUUCUUAUUUAUAUUAGUGUUUUUAUCGAGUUGUUCAUGGCUCAUAAAUUUUCUUUGGGUCAGCUCAGCUUAGAAAUUAUUGAUAUUUUUCUUCGUAGAUAGAAAUCUAUAAUGAAUAGAAGUUCUCUAGAAUCAACAAUUGUACACUUUUUCCUUGCAACGAAAGCUCUUCUUCGGCUUUUGCGAAACCUGUAACAGUGAUUGUAACAAAGCAACUUGGUUUGAGCAUCACCAGCC